CGAAAUCUGUGCACCAUCGCGCAUGGGUUCUCGUCACGGUAGCCAGGGCACCAAAACAGAGAAGUUGAGCCUCGAGUUUCCACGCGUUCAGUUGCGGAAAUUGACCCACUGCGGUUUAUUUUCGGAAUCAUAUAAUCUACCACAAAGUUAGUGGCACCAGUACAGUAGGUGGCAGUAAUGCGCAAUUAACGUUAGUACUUGUUAGCCAACCACACAAUGAAAGGUGUUGACUGCUUUCGCAUAUGUACUAGCAAGCAAUAUUAGCUAGCUUUAGAAGGGUCCCCUUUGUUUUUGGUUAAAAGUAACCGGCUUUGAGGGGCUUUAAUGUUCCGUGAAGCUAAUUUAAAGACCAUCGGUAAAGCGGGAACCAGCUGGCACUUUAGCCGGACGAUGGACGAGCUGGUCCAUGACCUGGUGUCGGCGCUGGAGGAGAGCUCGGAGCAGGCGACGGGGGGCUUCGGGGAUGGGGGGGACCACGCGCUGGCCGUAGGCUGCCUGCUGAAGAGACAGGCCCGGAAACGUCGUGGGAGGAAGAGACGCUCUGACAACCCCCACCCACCCUGGGAGACUGGCCACCUCAGUGAGGGAUCUGAGUCCAGCCUGGACGAACACAAGGACUACCGCACCACCACAGGCGGAAUUGCCAGCAGCAACAGCCACGCCCGUGACAACAGCGACUCUGAUGAGCAGCUGGGGCCCAAGCGCCGUACCCCCCUGAACCCCGACACAGGGCGUGGCAAGCGCCCCAUCUGGCAGGAGGACCUAGGAGGAGUGCCCGGUGCAGAGGGGUCCCGUAGUUUGAGGCGACGGCGCAAGGUCAAACGCAUGGCCGUGGACCCCCCUCUGGAGCCGGUGACCUCCAGUAGCAACACCCCCAUGCUAGGGCCCCCACCCGUCCCCAAGCCCCACGCAGGGUGCAGGAUCCCUGGGGUGAGCGUGGCUGAGUGCAGGGCGGGGAUGGAGCUCGUUGGUGGUGGGGUUGGAAGAGGGAAAAGCAGGGUAAAGAAGAGGAAACUGGCUGCCCACAGGCUGGGGCUGGAGGCGACUGAUGAAGGGGUGGUGGUGGAGAGUGAGGACGCCAUUAUGGGGCAGGUGGGGCCCAAGGACAAGAUGGAGUUUGAGGAGCAGAAGGGCUCAGACGAGGACAUGAGUGACAGGUGUGAGACCAGCAGUGUCAGCAACAGUAGUGAUGGUGGACUGUACACCAAUGACGAGGGGAGGCAAGCUGAUGAUGAGCAGAGUGACUGGUUCUAUGAGGGGGACCCGGGGGGAGCGUGUGGGGUGGCGGGGGUGAUUCCCUGGUGGGAGAGGGAGGCAGGGGAGGAACUGGACCUGGCUGACCCGGUCUUCAACAGCAUCCUCACCGGAUCCUUCCCCAUCAUGAGCCCUGGGGCACAGAGAGGGUUCCAGGCCAGGCUGAGCUGGCUGCAUGGUGGGCCCCAGGGCCACGAUUCCCAGGGCAUCCCAGGACAGGCCUUCAACGAGCGGCUGGGACGACACCACCAGGACCCCCCACACUCACACGCCCACUCACACGACCCGUGGUUUAGUCCGGGGUCUAGACGAGAACACGGACAAAUGCACUGGGACUCACGGGCAGACAGAGGGCAUCGGAGGAGCUGCUCGGUGAAAACAGCCAGCAGACAGACGAGUGGUCACCUGGGGUCUCUGUGUAUGGGGGAAGUCAAGAGGCGACGCAAAGCAGCACCCCUUGGCUUACCUCCACCGACAGGGGUGGUAGGUGAGAGUGUGGGGCCCAUUCCAGAGACCAACAUGGGGAACCGGAUGCUGCAGAGUAUGGGCUGGAGCCCUGGCAUGGGCCUGGGUCCGGAGGGCAGGGGCAUCACUGAGCCUGUUCGGGCCACACAGAGACCCAAGGGAGCGGGCCUGGGUUUUAACUGAGCCCCACGCUUUAGGCCCCAAACUGAACAGGCCAGGCCAGUAGGCCUCGAUGGAGAUGGACCCUACUGAGAGCAGGGAGGACGGUGGUCAACACUUCCUGUUUUACUUAAAGGAGGACGAACAUCCUAUGAUAGGGAAAGUCACAACCCUGGUUAGAGAGGAAGUGCAUGGAGCGUUAGGGUUCCCACCAGGGCUCCCGAGUGGCGCAGCGGUCUAAGGCACUGCAUCUCAGUGCAAGAGGCGUCACUACAGUCCCUGGUUCGAAUCCAGGCUGUAUCACAUCCGGCCGUGAUUGGGAGUCCCAUAGGGCGGCGCACAAUUGGCCCAGCGUCAUCCGGGUUUGGUCGAGGUAGGCCGUCAUUGUAAAUAAGAAUUUGUUCUUAACCGACUUGCCUAGUUAAAUUUAAGGUUAAAUAAAAUAAGUGUAUUUUUUUUUAAUCAGAUUUGUACUUGAGAUGUACAACAUACCAGUGAAAGGAGAAGGAAUGAAGAGAAGACAACCAGGCAUUGUAGUUGGGUUUGAUUGUGUGCUACUAGCCAGGCUAUAUAGUUGGACUGUGUGUACUACACACUAAAAGGCUCAGUUUCACAAGAAUACAAUUUCUCUUCAAUCAAUGGUCCAUUUUCUCUAAGUAUGGCAGAGCCAAAUGGUUGUGUGAUAUUGUACAGGAUGACAAAAAUAUAUAUUUCAGGUUAAAAUAAUUGUAAGUAUCAAAAUCACUCUUGGGUGUUCAAGUGGUUGAAGUUACAGUGGGGGAAAAAAGUAUUUGAUCCCCUGCUGAUUUUGUACGUUUGCCCACUGAUAAAGAAAGGAUCAGUCUAUAAUUUUAAUGGUAGGUUUAUUUGAACAGUG